AUGUCGGGAGAAACGCUGGAAUUCCGUGGAUGCAAUUUCUUCAGGAUCCGAUUAACUUAUUCAAUUCUCAGUGGCAGACCCAUUCGAAUAGUCGAUAUUAGAAAAAAUGACGAUAGGCCUGGAAUCCGCGAUUUUGAAGCGAAGUUGAUUGGUCUUCUUGAAAAGGUUACGAAUGGAACAAAAGUCGAAAUCAGUCGCACAGGAACACAAGUUACCUUUAGGCCAGGAAUGAUCACUGGUGGAGUGGUUAACGUUGAUUGUGGAACUGAAAGAUGCAUUUCCUAUUUCCUGGAGCCGUUGAUUCUCCUAUCUCCAUUCUGUAAGCUGGCAAUGACAAUAAAAUUGAAAGGAGUUACAAAUGUCCCGGGAGAGAUUUCUGUGGAUGCAAUGAAAGCUUCAUGGUUGAAAGUCUACAAUAAAUUUGUCUUGAAUGACGAAAAACUGGAUAUAAAGAUUCAGUGUCGAGGAUUGAAACCUGACGGAGGAGGUGUUGUUACGUUUACAGCUCCAAUUGUGAAGACGUUGCGUCCUGUUAAGCGUCAACAAGUUGGAAAAGUGUGCAAAAUUCGAGGCCAGGCAUAUGUUACCAAAGUGACCCCAUCGUUGGCUUACAGGAUGAUUGAUGCUGCGAAAAAAGCGAUGCACGGAUACAUUUCCGAUGUCUUCAUCGCAGUUGAUCAGAGGAAAGGAGACGCUGGUGGAGCUUCACCAGGAUACGGACUUUUUCUCACCGCGGAAACUACAGAAGGUGUUAUCUAUCAAGCAGAAGCGGUUUCAAGACCGAAAGGAGAGUCUGGAAAUCCAAUUCUCCCGGAGGAUAUAGGAAUCGAAGCUGGGCAUGCUCUCCUUCAGAAGAUUUAUAUGGGAGGCGCAUUGGAUAGUAGUGCUCAAGUUCUUGCAAGUACAUUCAUGACUCUAUGCCCAAAAGAUGUCUCCCAUUUCCUCUACGGACCUUUGCCAAUGUAUAGCGUUCACACUCUUCGCCAUCUCAAGCAGUUCUUCGAAAUCGAAUUCAAAAUGGAAGAUUAUCGAAAAACUCUGAAAGAUAACGACACCGAUCUCCGAACAGGUAGCCUUGAUAAAGCUCUCAUAACCGCGGUUGGAGUCGGCUACAGUAAUUUGAAUAAGACGAUUCUCUAG